AUGCGCCGGCUUGCAAUUGACUUUCUCGACAGGUUCAUAGCAGUCAGAUUCUUCCGUCUCCAUUCGGCGUCCCGCUUAUAUGUUCGAGCGAACCUCCGCUACCACUCAACUUCGCGGUCUGCACAACCGACUUACCUCAAUCAGUCGUUCCAAGUUCCAGUUGGAAACAAUGGAUAUGUAUCUUUGAGUGUAACCUAUUCCUCUAUAGCGCCUGCCCAUGGCAAACAAAAGGUGAUCAUCCAACUACCUCCGGGCCCGUUGUUUCAGCGAGAGGCAGAACAUGGCGGAAGCCCAAGUGGUCCUUAUUCAGAAAUGCUGGCGUCUGUCACCUCCUCGACAGUCGUAACUAUCAAUUACCGUCUAGGGAAAACCCCAUGGACAGACCUCGCAUCGGAGUCGGCCCUAUCGGAAGAUCAAGAGGAAAGGCGUCUCUCUACGGCCAAGAAGCAAGUCUUCUAUCGGUACCCUACACCCGUUCACGAUACCCUGGCCGGGUUCGAUUGGGUCCGGCAGAACAUCCAACCCACGCGCCUAGGCGUGAUCGGCACACACAUUGGGGGCUCGUUAGCGCUCAUGCUAGCUCUCACCGAAGCGCAAUUUAUUCACGCAGUUGCGGCCCUAGAACCUAUCUGCGAUUGGGCCGGGCUCGACGAACACUGUCUUUUGGAAGAGCAACCAGCUCACGAGGGACACACCGCCAGCAAGAGAACGCGGGGUACAGGAAGUCGAGUUCCCGCUGCGCCGGAUCUUGUCCCGCUUCUUGAAGCGCGGGAGAAAUUCUUUGCCUCGCCGGAGCGCUACUUUGAUGCUUUUGCCUCGCCUGUUUUGUUUCUGCGGUCGGCGGGAAAGGAUGCCCCGAGGACGUUUCCGAAGUACCGGACUGGACCAGACUAUCCCGUUCCUGUGCUUGUGCCCAGUAAGCCAGACAGACGACCGAUUGGUGUCUGGCAUCCCGAUACACAAUACCAAGCAAUCCACCAGCAGGGUGACAUCUACGACUCGGAGACAGAUUCACCCUCCGAUCAAGACUCAGACACAAAGCACAGGGUUAUCCCCGUCGAUGCCAGCUUCGGCAUCCAGGGCCGCGCCAUCCGCCGCCGCAAAGCCCUCUCGCGCUGGCCCCCGUACGGUCUAGACUAUGGUUCCAGCGUCUCCCCUCGCUACCACAUUUACAAUCAAGGGAUCAAACGGCUCGAAAUGGCCCUCCCGAAUGUCUGUCUCUUUGUCCACACCCACGAGAGCGAAAACGAACAGCCUGACCCUGUCCCUGCGUCAGACGGAGAUGGGAAACGGCAGCCCACCCGACACUCGAGAAAGACUCCGCGGCGCUCAGUCCUCGCGCAACAGGCGGAUGAGAUGGUCGAUGUCAUGCGCAGGGCGUGUUUCUGGGGUCGGGAAAAGGGUUACGGAGAGGCCAGGGCCACGCUUGCGCAGGUGCCUCCUGGCACUGGCGAGGAAGCCGCGGGAAGAUGGCUGGGUGAGACGUUGCUUUCAAAAGAUUCGGAUACAAAUAGUUGA